UAGGGUACGUAUGUACUAUGUGCAUGCGCGCUAUGCACACACAUCUAUCGCAAGUUAAGUGCAUGCAACUAGCAACGUUCAGUAUAGUAACAAAGUUGUGUGCAACGUAAACACAGUCUGACAGUGAAAAAGAUGUUGGCAUUCAGAAAUCCAACGUAAUGUGAGCCGAAAACAGCCCGAAUUUUCUCCGCAACCAUGUCUUAUGUCAACCUAACAGAAGAACAGUGUGAAGAAACACACUGUAUACCACCCGAUGACUGUAGAGAGAGAUACUGGUACGUGUUUCUCAGCUCGAGUUUGAUCACUUUUUUCGGCGGACUGGUGGUGAUUUUGGCGUUCCGUCUGAUCGUGUUGAUCAGCUGCAAGCGGCGCGUGCACGAUGCGUCGCCGCCGACGCCGAGCUUCAAUGGCCCGGUCUUCAACGGCAAGAGCCCGGACAUCGAGGUGCCUUGGAUGACGGCUGUCAAAGAUUGGGCCGGGGCACUGAUAUCGGCACAGACGAAGAUUGGGAAAUUCUUGGUUCUUGUUGUCUUCAUCAUAAGCGUGGCGUCGUUUGUAAUAUAUCUGCUGCAGGUCUCCCAGCCCAUUGAGAGGUGUUUUAUACUGUCCCAGGACAUCUUGUUCCAAAUUGAUCUCACGUUCAACUUUUUUUUCUUGCUGUACUUUGCCUUACGGUUUGUCGCUGCACCAGACAAGUUUUGGUUCUGGCUAACAUGGAACUCCAUUGUGGACUUCUUUACAAUACCACCCAUCUUUGUCUCCUUAUACCUCGGACGAACAUGGCUAGGUCUCCGUUUCCUGAGAGCCCUGCGGAUGAUCCAGCUGUCCGAGAUCCUGCAGUUUCUGAGCAUCCUACGCACCAGCGACACCAUCAAACUGGUCAACCUGGUCACCAUCUUUUUCAGUAUGUGGCUGACUGCUGCGGGCUUUGUUCACCUUGUUGAAAACUCGGGUGACUUCUGGACUUCUUUCACCAAUCCCCAACAAAUCGACUACUGGACGUGCGUUUAUAUUCUGGUGGUCACCAUGUCGACGGUCGGCUACGGUGACGAGACCGCCAAGACAACUCUUGGGAGGAUCUUCAUCGUGGGUUCCAUCUUUGUCAGCGUGGCCAUCUUUACCAGCUAUCUGCCAGAGUGCUUUGACAUCUUGGGGAGAAGAAAGAAGUACCAGGGGUCCUACCAAUCUGAGAAAGGACGAAAGCACAUCAUCUUGUGUGGACACAUCACGUAUGACAGCGUGGCCAACUUUCUUAAGGACUUUCUCCACAAGGACAGAGAUGACGUCAAUGUUGAAAUUGUCCUUCUGGAUAAUUCGGAGCCAGAUCUGGAGCUGCAGGCUUUAUUUAAGAGACAUUUCACGCAGCUGGAAUUCUUCCAAGGUUCGGUCCUCAACUCAGUGGACCUGGAAAAAGUCCGGUUGAAAGAGGCUGAUGCAUGUCUAGUACUAUGCGACAAGUACAACCUGGAUCCAGACGCGGAGGACGCCGGUAACAUCAUGAGGGUCAUCUCGGUCAAGAACUAUCACUCCAAAUGCAGGGUCAUUGUACAACUUAUGAAUUACCAUAAUAAGGCCCAUCUCCUGAACAUUCCCAGUUGGAACUGGCGGGACGGAGAUGACGUCAUCUGCAUCGCGGAGCUGAAGCUGGGCUUCAUCGCCCAGGCUUGCCUAGCGCCCGGCUUCUCCACCAUCAUGGCCAACCUCUUUGCCAUGCGCUCCAACAGCGAGAUUAAGCGAGCCGCCUUCACUCAGGGUGUUAGUCACACCAAUGUUUACCAAGUCUCGUCCAAUGAAUCUGACACUGCUGGUCGUAAAGUGUCUUGGCAGACACACUACUUACAAGGCUGCGGUAACGAGAUGUACACUGAAUACCUCUCCAAAUCGUUCACUGGACUGUCUUUUCCCGAGGUGGCUCAGGUGUGCUUUCAGAAACUGAAGCUUUUGCUGAUAGCAGUGGAGUCUAACAUGGACACGGUUGAAAGCAUAAUUGCAAUCAAUCCUGGUCCACAUAUCAAGAUCCACGAAGGGACGCUGGGCUUUUUUGUAGCUCCCUCGGCUCAGGAGGUCAAACGGGCCUACUACUACUGCAAGGUGUGUCAUGAUGAUGUCAUAGCUGUUGAGAAGAUCAAACAGUGCGACUGCGAUAAUGCGGACUAUUUAGGUCGACGCAGCAAUCGUCACGGCCUGAGGCGUCUCCUGCCGUGUUCUCGGAAACGCAAACACCAUAAGUUCUCAGCUCGUUUGAGAUCCCUCUCCACCAUUCAAACAGUAUCAACAGUUUUCGCCUCAUUGAGCAUUCCGUCAAACCUUGAGGGCAGCAGACAGGACAAGAGCAACGGCAUGGCUCUCAACAAUACAAACCUACAAAGCUGUAUCCCCAUCCACACACGUACAUGUAGUUCAAACCAAGCAGAGAAACCGUACAGCCUGGACCCACCGACCGAUGAGGAUUGGUAUGGUGGGCUGCGAAGGCCAAACACCGUGCGGUCACGGCCUAUCAGGAAAGACAAAAAGAGAAGUUAUGCUUUCCGUCGUCCUGUCCGGUUUGACCGGCCGCGUCCCUGCGUGGGAUCGCUGGGCCAGCUACUACUAAGGAUGCAGUAUAUGAAUGGGGAUCGCAGCCCCAAACCGACUUGCACCAGUAGGGUGAGUCCUCGUCUGAAACAACUGCCCGAUUUCAACGAUGCCGACAACACCUUCCAGUUUGAUUCAACGGGGAUGUUCCAUUGGUGCAAGGAAAGGACCUCCUCCUAUGCACUCCUGACACGAGAGGAGGCCCAGCAGACCAACCUGUCCAACCACGUAGUGGUCUGCGUGUUCGGCAACCGCAACUCUCCGCUCAUCGGUUUGAGGAACUUCGUCAUGCCGCUGCGAGCCAGCAACUUUCAUCUGGAGGAGCUGAAGACGAUUGUCUUGCUGGGUGACAUCCAGUACAUCGACAGGGAGUGGCAGACACUUAAGAACUUCCCCAAAGUCUACAUCAUGAAUGGGUCACCUCUAAGCCGCGCCGACCUGCGCGCCGCCAACGUCAACCAAUGCGACAUGUGCGUGAUCCUGUCCGCCAACGACAGCACCUCGAUAGACCAGAGCCUGCAGGACAAGGAGACCAUUCUAGCCUCCCUCAAUCUCAAGGCCAUGAUGUUCGACGACUCGGUGGGUCUGCUGGCCGCCCAGGAACAAGCCAUCAUGCCGAUGCAGCUGCCUGGAUUUGAGAUGACUACCAACCCAGAUCAGCCUGGUAGGAGAGGCUCGGCCGUAGGAGCCAACGUCCCCAUGAUUACAGAGCUUGUAAAUGACUGCAACGUCCAGUUCUUAGACCAAGAUGACGAUGAUGAUCCCAACACGGAACUUUACCUGACCCAACCCUUCGCUUGUGGCACAGCGUUUGCCGUCAGUGUCUUGGACUCAUUAAUGAGUGCUACGUACUUCAAUGACAACGCUCUGACCCUGAUUAGAACGCUGAUCACAGGGGGCGCCACACCCGAACUUGAGCAGAUCCUAGCGGAAGGAGGUGACAUGAAGCCUGGGUACAGUACCGCGGAGCUCCUAGUCAAUCGGGACAGAUGUCUAGUGGCACAGUUGUCGCUGAUUGACGGACCCCUCUCGCUAUUUGGGGAUGGAGGCAUGUACGGCGACCUCUUCGUUGAGGCCCUGAAGAAAUUUGGCAUGCUCUGCUUCGGCAUUUACCGGUUCCGAGACUCCACGCUCUCCACGAACACCCCCUCCUCCAAACGCUACACCAUCACCAACCCACCGUACGAGUUCCCGCUCCUCUCCACCGACCUCAUCUUCGUCCUGAAGCACUUUGACCCCUCCACACCGUCCUCAAGGGUUAAAGCUCAGAGUCCAGAGGCCACCAACGGUGGAGGUGGGGGUGGUGGGGGCGGACAGUACAAGAAGAAAAAACGGAAGGCCAAGGACAGGGAGCGCAGUGAGAAGAGAGACUCGGGGGAGGGGAUGGAGAUGACUCCUCAGAUGCCCCAGCAUCACAUGGUACAAGUGCAGAACAGUAAUCCCGACGAACAGAAGGCCCCAGUCAAUACAACAAUGUGCUGACACUAGAGGGUGAUAGACCUACUGGCUGACUUGUCAAAGUUGGAGUAUCAGAGAGGUGGUCCUGUAACAACUUUGAACGAGAACUGUGGUUAAGCCAUAGUUCAACUGGUUCUCACUCAAACCCCUGCUAGUCUACAGUCGGAUAAAUCUAGUCGACGAUUCCGGUACCAGCCGAACAAGGUCGGUCGCAUGGCUGGUUACCGAAAGUCAGUGCACCAUAAUGUAAAGCAGGGAGCCAGGAGCAAGAUUUGGUUAUGACUUUGUCAACAUUUUGGCUAAAGAUGUUCGCACAUUGCUGUUAACAUUGUGGAUCCCACUUCUGCCACCACAUUACCUUUGAUCGUGAAGGCGUAAGUUACAUCACAUGCUGAUGUUAACCGCAGGCUAAUGUCAUGGAUAGAAAUCCGCUUAGCACUGAAAAAAAAAAAGCUUAGAGAAAAAACAGAUUACCAGUGAAAAAUUGCAGCACUUUUACAAAUCACUGCAUCUGUUGCAUAGAAAAAGGUCAAAGGUUAUGUGGUGGCAGAAGUGGGAUCCACAAAAGAUUCACUUCAUUUUAGAAGCGUAAUAUCUUGUAGCAGUGGGUGAUCAUGCAAUAUUUAACCGAAAGAAUUUGUUGAAAUUGUUAACUAAGAAGUUGUGUACUCUUAUAACAUGCAUGCUGGUAAAUGCAUGAUUUUUUUUUCAGAGUUUAAAAUAUUUAGUGUAAAAACUGCUGACGUUUAAUACCUUAGAACACUUCCAGUUCUUCUUGAAGACAGUGGACACAAAUUUUAUUGCUACGCACAGUACUGGGUGGCAGUGUGAAUGAACUGAAAAAGAUUUCUUAAUACGCAGUGCUGGUAUGCAGUUCAACUGCAGGGUUUGUAGAGAGUAUAUCUUUAUUAAAAUCUAUUUAUUUUUUUCUGUCUCUGCUCUUCUGUGUGAUAAUUUUUUUUUUUUUAGUACUGAAGUUGUUUGCAAUCUCUUUUGAAGGAAAGAAGAACCGAAUGGAAUUUAAAGUUAUAUUUUGUUAUUGAGCACAUAUUAUGUGGUGUAUACUACAUGCACAAAAAAAAGGCAUUAAAAAAGCCCCUUCAAUAAAAAAAAAAAAUGAAAAAAAAAAAGUAUUAAAUUUGAACCUCUUCUAAUAUUUCCUAUCUUUUUGUGAUUUCAAAAUUAAAAACAAAAAGUUGGGUACAGCCACCCCUAACACAGACGUCUAUGGGAAGUGACUGCAGUAGCUUCCUAUCCAGUUUGUUACAUACACUACACACGCCCGCCACUGAUUAAUAGCGCCAUUGGCUACAAAUGCUCAAGCUGCGUUAACUUUCGGUUCCAAUCGUGCAGAAAGUGCUGGAGGUGACGUCACACUUUCGCCAGCCACAGCCAAUUCAUUCGGACAUGGCUUCUGUGAAUGGGACUUCAAGUCACUUUUCAAUUUCUGGAACAGGAAUUCAAAUACUUGUGCUUGUUAGUUUUUGUUCUGUUCUGUAGCUUAAUGGCAUUCAAACACAGUGAACAUUUUUAUCAGAAACUGAAGUAUUGUUUUUUCUUAUGUAACUCUGUUAAGAUAUAUACUUGCUGUGAAUUUUUUGUUUGUUUUUGUUUUGGCGAGUUUCUUUUGACAUGUAACAUUUCUGUAAAUAAUUGGAAUAUUACAACAGGUUAUAUAAUAUAUUGGCUGAAGAUAUGUCUGAAAAUGUACUUAAAGUUUGACGAUAAACAUCAGUUGUGUGCCUUUAAAAAAAAAAGUAUUGCAUGAAACAGUAGUUGGGUAAAUUCACCCUGAAUUUUAUCCAUCCAUGUAAAUAAGGAUUUUUUUUCACUGAAUUGUUGAUGAACUCAUGGAAUGUUGUAUUUACAGGGAUAUUUGUACAGCCAGGUGUAUUUCAACUAAACGUUUUCAGGAGAGAAAAAAAAAGUAGGGUUAUUUUUGUUAUGUAGCUAAUUCAUGUCCAGAAAAAUAUUUGGGCAAAGAUCUAACUUCGUACAACCUUGUGUUGAUGAAAACAAAACAUUUUUAUCAAAAAAGUGCUUUCUGUGGUAAAUCACCUUAACCUGAUGUUACACACCUUGUUUUUUUUUUCCUAUAUAUAUUGUAUUACCAUGGUAACUAUUUAUUUAACGCAUCCAAGACGGACAAUCGGCAUUUCAUACUAGUAGUGACUCAAAAAGUGCAAUAGCAUUAUGUUCGACGUACGCAAUUGUUGACAAAAUUUAAACAGUUCUAUAACAUACAUUGGCAUUAAGAAAUUGUUACUUUAGACGACGUCAAUCAAGUUACACAAUCCAUGAUGUUUACAAUUAUAACGCAUGUAUGUCCAUAAUAUCAGCAUAAUUUAGUACUUUGAAUGAUAAAUGGUUGAUUUAAGCAUAAAAAUGCUGCUUGUUUUAAUAGUGCUAAACCAGUAUCUAUCACGUUAAAAAAAACACCAUUUUGCAUGGAAACUUUGUGCUUUGAAGAAAUGCAUUCAACAGUACCAAUUUAAAGAAUUGAAAUAAUAUGUCGAAUAUUUUCUUGAUCUGAAUAGCAAAAAAAAUUGCAUGAAGCAGCCUUAAUAUAAGUACAUGCAUUGAGCUGAUAUUUUGUAUCGUAAAACAAACAUUAAGCAAAGGAAUGUUAAAUAAAGAAAAGUGCAGCCUAUUAUUAAAAAAACCAAAUUAUUAUAAAAUUGGUUUAAAUUUCUUCAAAUGUGUCUACUACUUUUGUACACAAAUAUGAGUGAUUUAAAUUGUUGACACAGCAAGAAAUGGAAUGUUGAAGACCGACAAAUGUCAACUCUUGUACAUAAACCUCUGUUAAAAAUACUUGCUUUAUUGUUCUGGAUUUUCAAGUGACCUCAACACUUUCAGACUUAAAUAAAAAAAAAAAGUUUUGAAGAAAAAAAAACAAA